CUGAGUUUGAGUGAACAGAAAGAAGAUCGGAGCAGAGCCUAGUAAAACACGUGCUAAUGUGCGCUCCCUUGACAUUCCCUCCUUCUCUCUCAUACACAGAGAGCUUUACCACUUACCUGAGCUGAGAGGUUCUCAAGUUCCAGUACUGGUUUCGUGUUUUCUGCGUCUUCUGUGUCUUUCUCCUCUUUCUUUCUUUCUUUCUUUCUUUCUCGAGGAGUCUAAAGCUGGAAGCGUAUUCACCGUAAACAGAAAGAGUGUGUAGGUUAAGAGAGUGUGCAUAGCCAAUGGCAUUCGUUCCCGUGUUGAACAAGAGAAAUUAAAAUGCUAAGGUUUUGAAAACAGAAGAAGGACGAAUCUGUCUCUCAUUGGAAGGAUUCGAUUUCGAAGGAAUCGAUAGAUAGAUAAACUCAAUAAUUCUUUCAUUGAAAGGUCGGUUUCUUUCCUCUCUGGAGAGCCUGCAAUUGUGGAAAAGAUGAAAAGGAGAAGAAGAGGCACAGGCACAGGCACUGGCACUCCAUAGUCCGACCACUCAUGCUUCGGUCGGCGUGCUUUGAUUAAAACUUGCUUUUCUUCUUCUGGUGGGGACUCUGGAUUCUGGAAAGGAAAAAUUUCAGUAACUUUUCAGGUUUUGUUCCUCGGUUUUGGAUUUUUAGCUUUUGGUGAUUCACUUUUGUCGGUUUGGAAGUUUUCUGCCUUUCCUUGGGGUAAAAUGAGAAUCUGUGGCCCGGGUUUGUAAAAUAGUGAAGAAGAUGAGAUUUUGUGACGUGAUUAUCAUUUGUCCUGUGGUUUUUUGGAGGGAAGGUCAAAUUUUAAGUCGUCUUCGUUAGGUCUUUGGUUGUAGUGAGAAUAAGGUUUCUGCAACUGGAGUUUUGGCUGGGGAUGGGUAAGUCGAAGAUGUUUUCUCAUCUGUUAUUCUAAUUUCGCAAAAGCUAGAGGAUUUUAAGAAUGGUGUCUGUAAAUGAGAAGAUCAAAACAGUUGGGUUGGUUAAUGGACCAACGACUCUGCUUCAAGAGAUGAAGAUGUUGAAGGAGUUUCAAGAUCAGUCUGGGGUUCGGAAGAACAUAAACUCUGAGCUUUGGCACGCUUGUGCUGGACCACUUGUUUCCUUGCCGCAGGUCGGCAGCCUCGUUUACUACUUUCCCCAAGGACACAGCGAACAGGUGGCAGUAUCAACUCAAAGAACGGUUAGCUCACAUAUCCCAAACUACCCAAAUCUUCAAUCCCAGUUGUUGUGCCAAAUUCAAGAUGUCACGCUACAUGCAGACAAAGACACUGAUGAGAUAUAUGCACAAUUGAGUCUUCAGCCAUUGGACUCUGAAAAAGAUAUUUUCCCUUUUCCUGAUUUCGGAAUAAAGCCAAGUAAGCAUCCAACUGAAUUCUUCUGCAAGACUCUGACUGCCAGUGAUACAAGCACACAUGGUGGCUUCUCAGUUCCCCGUAGAGCAGCAGAAAAGCUCUUCCCGCCAUUGGACUAUUCCGUGCAACCUCCAAUUCAGGAGCUUGUAGUUCGAGAUUUGCAUGAUAAUACAUGGACAUUUCGUCACAUAUAUCGUGGGAAGCCGAAGCGACAUCUUCUUACAACUGGUUGGAGUUUGUUUGUGGGUGCUAAAAGGCUUAGAGCAGGUGAUGCUGUUCUAUUUAUAAGGGAUGAGAAGUCACAGUUAUUGCUGGGUGUGAGGCGUGCAAACCAUCAGCAAAGUGCAAUGCCGUCAUCAGUAAUUUCAGCUGAUAGCAUGCACAUUGGGGUCCUUGCAGCUGCAGCCCAUGCUGCUGCUAAUCGAAGCCCCUUCACUGUUUUCUACAACCCAAGGGCAUGCCCUUCAGAGUUUGUGAUUCCUUUGGUCAAGUACCAAAAAGCUGUAUAUGGUAGCCAGGUUUCAGUUGGUAGGAGAUUUGGAAUGAUGUUUGAGACAGAAGAUUCGGGUAAGCGCAGAUACAUGGGCACAGUUGUGGGUAUCAGUGACUUGGACCCCUUGGGGUGGCCUGGUUCAAAAUGGAGAAAUCUUCAGGUCGAAUGGGAUGAAACUGGAUGUGGAGAAAUGCAGAACAGGGUUAGUCUGUGGGAGAUAGAGACCCCUGAAAGUCUUUUCAUUUUUCCAUCGCUGACUUCUGGCCUCAAACGACCUUUACAUCCUGGAUAUGUGGGGGCAGAGAUGGAAUGGGGAAAUCUCAUGAAAAAAUCAUUUGCACGGGUACCGGAAAAUGUAACUGAUAAUCCAUGUUCCACGACGGGUUCAGAACAGCUGAUGAAGAUGCUUCUCAGAUCCCAAAGCAUUAGUCCAGUUGGCUCCUUGUCCUCUUCCUUGACAGCUAGGGUGACUAAAGCAACUCCAGUACCUGGGGUAGAAUUGCUGAAACAGACUUCAGUCCAACAGAAACCUCAACUUCAUUCAGACAGCACUAUGGUGCAAAAUCAGAAUCCUCGUCAGCAAUGCCCCGAUCUGCAAUCCACCAUAGAUGCAAAUUCGGCAAUACAAGCAUAUAUAAGUAAAAAUGAGCAACCUGUAAAUAAAUUUGAAAAGCAAUUGCAAACCCAAACACAUUUUGAGAAACUGGAAACAGAACCUAUGGUUGCAACAGACCAGCUGAGCCAAUUGUCUUCAUUGGGGAACUGCUGUGAAGACAAAAUGAGUGGGGGCUUCAUGAAUCCUCCAAAUGUUGUAAAUGGACCAUUAUUCUCGAAUCAGGGGAGUUUGCAGUUGCACACAGGUCUAUGCUUUGGUCAGCAGCAGGGGCCAAAUACUGGCAUCCCACUUCAAAUCAAUGCGCUGCAGUUGGAUGCAGACAAUCAGAGUGGCUUACUUCCCUACCCUAGUAACCUCUCAGCUCAGUACUUGGAUGCUGAUGAUUGGAUGUUGCAAUCUUGUAAUUUUCAGUCACUUGAUGGGAAUCCGAAAUCAGGACCCUUAACAGGGUUUGAUAAGCAAGAUACUUCAUUAGUCUACCCAGAAGUAGUUAACCCAAGCUUGGCUCCAUUGAGUCGAGAGAUGUGGAACCCUCAAUUGAAUUACCUAAGGUUUCUACCUCAAGAAGUUCAACUCACUCCAUGUCAGCAACAAGAUUUAACCGCCCUUCAUAGUGUAUCCAAUUCGUGUGGAUUAAGAUAUCCUUCUGAAGAAAGUAACAACCAGAGUGAAAUAUACAGUGGUCUUCAUUUGGAUGUAAGCAAUGGUGAAAGCACUAUGGUUGAUCCUUCUUGUGUGACCAGCACAGUCUUGGAGGGGUUUGGUACCUUGAGUGAUGCUGCUUUCCAGAAUCCUUCUGACUGCUUGCUUGGUAACUUAGCUACAAGCCAAGAUGUUCAGUCUCAGAUAACCUCAGCAAGCUUGGCAGACUCUCAAGGCUUCUCUUUCCAAGAGUUCCCAGACAACUCAGGAGGAACAUCUUCAAGCAAUGUGGAUUUUGACGAGAGUAAUCUCUUGCAGAAAGGCUCAUGGCAACAAGUAUCUCAACCCCUGCGAACAUAUACAAAGGUCCAGAAACUAGGUUCUGUUGGGAGGUCUAUUGAUGUUACAAGGUUUAAUAAUUAUGAGGAACUACGUAAUGCGAUUGCAUGUAUGUUUGGACUGGAGGGGCUGCUUGAUGAUCCAAGAGGUUCAGGGUGGAAACUUGUUUAUGUUGACUAUGAGAAUGAUGUUCUUCUAGUAGGCGAUGAUCCAUGGGAGGAAUUUGUGACUUGUGUUCGCUGCAUCAGAAUUCUAUCGCCAUCUGAAGUUCAGCAGAUGAGUGAAGAGGGGAUGCAGAUUAUCAGCAACACUUUAGUUGAGGGGACAAAGGAUCCUAUAUCAAAUGCUGGCUAUGCAUGGAAUGGCUCUGCCUGAUUCUUGUACGAACACCUGGAAGCCUUCAGAUAUAUGGUGGAAGUCAAAUCCUCUCCUAUGGUUUGCCUUCAUCCGAUCAGGUCAAUUGUUCAUAUCCAGUACAUUAGGAGUUGGAUGUGUUGAAAUGAAGGUGUUGGAGGAGAUAGUAUGCUCUUGUCACCUUAUGGCUUGAGCCAGCCACAUUAGUGGUAGUGAAUCCCCUCCCCCUCCUCCUCCUCCCCCUUUUCUUUUUCUCCUUUUGCCUCUUCUUUGGGAACAGCAUUGAGCAAGCUUCCCAACUGAUGGCUUAUGAUAUGGGAUUAUGGGGACUGCUGAAUUCUAUUGUAGCACAGGUCUCGUCUUUUUUUAUUGGAGUUGGAAUAUAAUGAAUGUAUGAAAGCUGCUACUUUGUUUCAGCAGUAAAGGGAAAAAGAAAAAGAUAACCAGUUCAGUGGCC